AUGUCUUACAACGCCUUUCACCAAUCCUCAAAUUCAACACAUCCCAACAAAAAAUGCAAAUACAGCGCUAUGGAAAAUCCUCAAUGCCAUUUACUGCAUCCACAAAAUAAUAAUAAAUCCGAAAUGAUGGAUGUCUCUCAACAUUUAAUAUCGCUUCGAGCUAGACUUGGAUUUGCACGCUUCAAAUUGAAUCAGGGUUGGGAGAAAUCAACUAUUUUCGAUGUAGAGCAAUUAUGGAGACAAAAGCAGAGAAAAAAUAUCAACGAUUUACCCAGACCAAGAUUUACACAGAGAGAAAUCAUUGACAAAAGAAUGUACAUACCUUCUCCCGGUGCCAGACAAGCCAGAGCGAAACGAGAUGGCCUUGUGCGCACGCUCUCCAAUCCAAUAGACGGCUGGCCAGAAAACUCGUCUGCAUUGGCAUCAAAAAAGAACCAAAAGCAACUCUAUUUCCACCAUUACCAUCAGCCCACUCACAAAGAGACAAUAAGCAGCAAUAUCAGCACAACAGAAGACAACUCAAAUGUUGAAAUAAAUCAAAAACGCUCAUUUUCAGCAGUUGACGAGUGUUCUUUAAUCUCGGAUGAUGGAGCGAUGCCAAAAGUUAGAAACUCGCUUGAUUAUCUAUCAUACGCCAUUGCAAUGACAGAAAAGCAGGAUAGCUGCAAUUCGCACAUCUUGUAUUGCUCUCAACCCUUACCAGAUAUCACUGAGAUGGAGCCCAAUCUUAUGGAUUCAGAGGACCAAGACCCAGUAGAAGAACUGUCUAUAACCAACAAUGCUAGCCCUCCAUCAUCCCCUACCACUUCUGCUGCAAAAACAAUCAUGAUGUUUGUAAAUAACUGUAAUUCCUCACCAUCACCAUCUACAUCGACAGAAGAUUACAAGGGCAGAUAG